AAUUGAUUGAUAAUUUGAUCAGUUACUCAGUACUUAAAUACACUUUUUACCAAAGAUUCUAUACUUGAAUAAAUAUAUGUUGAAGUAGUGCUGCUCUUUCUUGGGUAUAAUUUUUGGUUACUCUUUCCGCCUCUGGUAAAAACCAACUGUUCACUGUUUAGAGAUUUUCCACCAAGGGAAUGCCGUUCUUCCACAUCUUGCGCCGCGUCCCAGCUGACAUCACGUCAACGUUGAUGUAACUACAACCUGAGCGAGGUGGCGGCUAAAAAUGAACACCAGAUCCACCGAGCCGAGACGAGCGGCGCUCCCAGAAUCCCUCAGGAAACUCUCAGUGAUCCCUCUUGGACGUCAUCAGUGUCCCAGUUACCUAGCAUCUUCAAACAUCACUCACCAAGUUAACACCUUAAAAAAACAUUUAAUAAUAAUAAUAAUAAUAAUAAUAAUAAUAAUAGUAAUAAUAAUAAUAAUAAAAAUGCAGAAAUUACCCACAGCUUUCUUUAUCAUGCAAACCUGGGAGAAUCUGAUUUCUAGGAAGAUUUAAUCACUUUUAGCUCAAAGUUUGAAAAAGUCUGAGUGAAAAAUUGUUUAUUUUCUAAAUUUAACAGAGACUGGAAUACAGUCGGAACAAUAAUGUUUUUGGGUCGAUCUCAUGUCGUGCUACUCUUCUCCAUCCAUCCGUGACAGUCGAUAUGUCCCAACUGAACUUCCCUGUGGGCAGGAUGAGGAGGAGGGCCAGAGAGAGAAACUGGUCCACCAUGAUGGAAACAGUUUGAGGGAAGGGAGGAGCAGAACGAGUCUAUGAAAAGAGGAGGAGAGGGAAAAACUCAGCUGCAUCCAUCACUGCAUCCCUCCACACAGGCUGGCAUCUUCGCUCUCCUGAACCUGGGAAUACGAUCGAAGGCGGACAUGGACCCGGAAAAAUCUUCCUCUGAGAAGUUGGUGCUCGAGUUUAAGGAAGACACCGAUCUGACGGAGAUGAUGCGUCGUCGCGUCUCAUCUCUGCAGAAAACCGGGCAGAAGCGUCAGGACGGCGAGCGGCUGCUGCUCCCCCACGAGGCCGUGCAUCGCCUCGACUUCCCCCUCCAGGAGCUCAACUUCUCCCGCUGGUACUUCUCCCUCUCGGGCCACGGACGAGUCACCAUCACCGGCAUCUCCCAACACUGGACCCCGGACCUCACCAACCUGAUGACCCGCCAGCUCCUGGAGCCGAUCGGGACGUUCUGGAGAAACGCGGAGGACCCGGAGGAUUCGCCGCUGAAGUGUCUGGAGGCCGACAUGCAAGAGUUCGGGGAAAGGAUCGCAGAGCUGGCGAAAGUGAGGAAGGUCAUGUAUUUCCUGUUUGCGUACAAAGACGGGUCCACAGCAGCUAACCUCGACUGCACCAUUGAGUUCAUACCCGAGAAGUAACCCUCCGUGUUCAGUCCUGGUAGAGUGUUUAGAUUUCAGCAUAAAUUUCCCGCCUCAAACCCACUAAACGGUUUUAGUCUUUGUCCGCAUGUCUUUAACGAACAAUACCAAUUUAUUUUAAUUAUUUCUACACUUAAAGUAUUUUUGCAUGAAUCAAUUUGAUGUAAAACGUUGC